AAAGGAUGUCCUGUUGGUGGGCGGUGUCCUUGUAUCAACCGUCUGUUUCCCUCCCUUCCUUUGGCAAAGGCUCCUGCUUACCAUCUCAUUUUGGAAGGAAUUCUAAUUCUAUGGAUAAUCAGACUUCUUUUCUCGAAGACAUACAAGCUUCAAGAGCGAUCUGAUCUAACACCUAAGGAAAAAGAAGAAUUGAUUGAAGAAUGGCAGCCAGAGCCUCUUGUACCUCCUGUACCAAAAGAUCACCCAGCUCUCAACUACAACAUUGUUUCAGGUCCUCCCACCCAUAUAAUCACUGUUAACGGCAAGGAAUGUAUAAACUUUGCAUCAUUUAACUUUCUUGGACUUUUGGAUAAUGAAAAGGUUAAGAGUGCGGCCCAGGCAUCUCUGAAGAAAUAUGGUGUUGGCACUUGUGGACCUAGAGGAUUCUAUGGUACUUUUGAUGUGCACUUAGAAUUAGAGGAAAGACUAGCAAAAUUCAUGAGGACGGAGGAAGCUAUUAUAUACUCAUAUGGAUUUGCAACAAUUGCCAGUGCUAUUCCUGCAUAUUCUAAAAGAGGGGACAUUGUGUUUGUAGAUGAAGCUGCCUGCUUUGCUAUUCAGAAAGGAUUACAAGCAUCUCGUAGUAACAUCAAGUUAUUUAAGCAUAAUGAUAUGGCUGACCUUGAACGACUGUUGAAAGAACAAGAGACCGAAGAUCAAAAGAAUCCUCGCAAGGCCCGUGUAACUCGAAGAUUUAUUGUAGUGGAAGGAUUGUAUAUGAACACAGGAGACGUUUGCCCUCUUCCAGAGUUGAUAAAAUUGAAGUAUAAAUACAAAGUUAGAAUAUUUUUGGAGGAGAGCCUUUCCUUUGGCGUCCUUGGAGAACAUGGAAGAGGAAUUACUGAACACUUUGGAAUAAAUAUUGAUGAUAUAGAUCUUAUUAGUGCAAACAUGGAAAAUUCACUGGCUUCUAUUGGAGGAUUUUGCUGUGGCAGAUCUUUUAUUAUUGACCAUCAGGUAAGUCAGGUCUCAUUUUGCUAUAAACAAAAAUUAAAUGUUUUGUUUGCUGAGGCUCUGAAUAUUAUGGAAGAUAAUCCAGACAUUUUUCAGACUCUCCGUGCUAAAUGCGAACGAAUUCAUAAAGCUUUACAAGGGAUUUCUGGCUUAAAAGUAGUGGGAGAAUCUUUUUCUCCAGCAUUGCACCUACAGUUGGAAGAGAGCUGUGGAUCUCGAGAAAAUGAUGUGAAGUUACUCACAAGAGUUGUGGAUUAUUGCAUGAACAGUGGUAUUGCAUUAACUCAGGCCUGCUAUCUGGAGAAAGAAGAAAAAAGUCUUCCUCCACCCAGUAUUCGAGUAGUGAUAACAGUGGAACAAACAGAACAAGAACUGGACAAAGCUGCAUCACUUCUUAAGGAAGCUGCACAGUCUGUAUUGAAUUAGGCUGCUGGUUUGGAUUCCUUUUGCCCCAAAUUAUCAGGAUAAAUGUUUUACUUUACUGUAUAGUGACUUCACAUAAGAUAUUAAAGUUCUUCCACUGAUAGCAUUAAAACCUGACUAACAAGAUUGUUCCAGAAUGGUACAAAUACAAUGAGGGGAAGAAUGCUUAAUUUUUGAGCUGGUGAAUGACACGGUGUACUUGCAAUUCAAACUCUACCAUUUACUAGCAUUCCUUAAAGUGGGAUAUCACUGUUGCACACAGAACUCUUUCAUAAGUUGCCUCUUAAAAAGUUUUAAAUUUGUUUCUUCAAACCCUUAAACAUUUUAAAAAAAUGUAUAUGAACAUUCAGUUUUCCCCCAAAACAUCUAAAAUAUAUAGUUUUCUCUGCAUAUUCUCAGAAUGCAGGAAAUUCAAAAAAAUUUCAAAGAACUAUUCCACACACACCCCACGCCCCCCAAUGAAGAUAGGCUGUUCCUAAUACUGCCAAAAGGGAGAAAAUAACUCCCUUAAGAGAUAGUUUUGUGCUGUAUUACUUCAUUUGUUAUUGAAUUAUAGGAGGAAUUUCAAUUCUUUUUGGUUUAUAUCUAUCUCUAACCAUUUUUGGAAGCCAGUUUUUAAGAGUGCCUGGCCAGAGAAUUCCAUUAUCUAAAUGGUAAAUUCAUAUUAAAUACUACUUGCUUCCUGCAUUUCAUAUGUAAUCAUAUGCACGUUUGAGAUGGGUGAGGUUUUUCAUAUUAUUAACUUUAAAACAUCUGAACUGGAGCCUCUAAAUUGUGAAACUGGUGUAAUUCCAUUAUAGUAUGUUCAUUCAGGCGGGCUUUGCACACCAGUCUUGAAGACGAGGCAUAAGCAACAUGAAGAAUGAACCAAGGUUUUGAAACAGCAACUAAUUACUAGCUUAGUCAAACUACUUCGAAGCACUAAAAUGGUGUUUUGUCUCUAAACAGCUAUACCUGAGAGGGGAAGACUGACAGGUAGUAAGAGUUUAGAUAGUACAAAUACAACUGAAAUACAAGUCAGUAUGUUCACAUAAAACCCCCAUGCAAUUGGAUAGUAGUAUUUCGAAGUUAUGCUGUCAGGAUUUUCAAUAAGCACAGAUGGACAUUGCACAGAUGGAUAUAUUACACCAAUCAGAGGAAAGUGGUAAGGAAGGAUGGCAGUAAGCUGUACCUUUUUGUAAAAUAAAAGCUAUAGCCAUGUAUUUCAGGAUUUUACUUUAAGAAUGCCUGUUUAAAAAUUUUGUAUUCUGCUUGAUCUGUAUUCUGGGUUAUUUUGUACUUAUGUGCCUUUUUGGUUGCUGCUACAAGAACCACGGGACUAUUUUUGAGAAACAUCAUUGUUUAAAUAAAAAAUUAAACGUUUGAUUCAGACUUUUUACUUACCAUAUAACCAGAUUUUGUUGCAUGGUCAACCAUAUUCUGGUGAAUAUUCUGCAUCAGAUGAGCAUAUAGUCUAUGUUGACUCCUGCAAUUCAAAGUGACUGCCUCUGCGCUGGUUUUCAAAACUUCUCACCUGCAUACACUCAGAUAAACCAGCUGAAGUUGUGUUAGAGCACUUCUGUGAUUGUUGCUUCAGUAUUUGAAAUAGUCGAAUCAUUAUCUGCGCAGUGUAGAGAAACCUUCAUCCCAAUGUGGAAGAGUAUUCUCAUUUCACUGGUAUUUACAUUUUUCUCUAUUAACUGUGAGUAAAAAGCCUGUGAGAAGCCAACAAUUAAAAGAGCAAAAAUGUGGGGAAGGAAGCUGAUUCCCAUUUUACAGAUUGGAACUCAAGUGCAGAACAAUUAACCUUCUCAAGACCCUCAGGGAUUGCAAGAAAUGGAAAUUAAAACUUAUCACUAUACCUUGAGCUUGGCAACCAUUUUUGGUUUGAUAAUUGAAACCUGAAUAUUCAAGUAAACUCAAGCCUUUGAUGUAUAAGCUGGGAAGAAGUGAGGUACUUGGAUUCCAAUGCAACAUAAAUGGUUUUGGAGUUCAAGGUAAACCUGUGAAGGUAAGCAAAUCACCAAUUAGUGUUAAAAUACUAGGUUGCAGAAUCUAUAUUCACUUCUCACAUUUUGUUUUAGGUUGUCUGCAAAUGGGAAUUUUUUUGUUACGCUUUGAAAACUAGCAACAGUCUAUAAAUACAUGGAUUUGUUUUGUUGGUUUUGGUUUUGUUUUUUGCUUUAAAAUGAUAACACCUAAAUUGGCAGGAAGCAGAGUCAAAUUUCUGGCAAUUUCAAAGCUGCAACUAAGUGAUUCUGAUGAAACAAAAUUUCAAGUACGUUGCUAAGAAAUACCAUCAUAUGAUUCAUUUGGGAAACACAUACCCAGAAUUAAAACAUUGGUAAAACUGCCUUUGUCUAUUUUUAUUGUUUACAAGUGUAUAGAAAAGAAGCAUUUAGGUCACCCUAAAGUGAACACCUUAUGGUUGAUAGCAGUUGCAGUACUGUUAUAAUGUGUGUUUUACUGGCAGGUUAUAUUCAUGGCCUCAUGGUCAGAAAUUAAGAUGCUUAUGACAUGUAGUUGGUGGAGAGAGAUAUCCCUGGUUAGUGUAAGCAUGUCUGGCCCUCUUCAUUUUGGCUUUUUUUGAUAAAUGUCUCUGACACGGCAAGCAGAUAAAGGAAAGGAUCGUUCUGGGGAAGAAAGUUGGUUGGGGUUAGGGAGAGAGCAGGUGAUUCCGGUUAAACUUUUGACAUUAAAAAAUCAGAAGCCUGUUAAUGUGCUUAAGUUCUCAGUGCUCUAGGCUGAUAAAUGUACGAACAAGCCUAUUUUAGUUGCUUUGUGGUUAUGUUCGGGUGAAGGGUGAUUUUUUUAUAUAUUUCUUCAGA